AUGUCUGUACACGAUCUAUCUAUCUAUCUAUCUAUCUAUCUAUCUAUCUAUCUAUCUAUCUAUCUAUCUAUCUAUCUUAGUCUGUACACGAUCUAUCUAUCUAUCUAUCUAUCUAUCUAUCUAUCUAUCUAUCUAUCUAUCUAUCUAUCUAUCUUAGUCUGUACACGAUCUAUCUAUCUAUCUAUCUAUCUAUCUAUCUAUAUCUAUCUAUCUAUAUCUAUCUAUCUAUCUAUCUUAUUUUCUUUUUUUUUUGCUCACACACUCGUUCAUUCUUUAUAUUUCUUUUUUUCUCAUUGUUUAAUUUUAUUUUCCUCUUUGUUUUAUUCAUUCUUUUUCUUUUUGCCAUUCUUUCUUUCAACCAGUAAUUCUUUCAUUCUGUUAUUCUUUCCUUCUGUCAUUCUUUUUUUCUGUUAUCCUUUCUUUCUUUUUGUCAUUUUUUCUGUCAUUCUUUCUUUAAAACUAUCAUUCUUUCAUUCUGUCAUUCUUUUUUUUGUCAUUCUAUAUUCCUUUCUUUCCAUUAUAUGGAAAUACUGUAUUUAUGAUCUAUCUAUCUAUCUAUCUAUCUAUCUAUCUAUCUAUCUAUCUAUCUAUCUAUCUAUCUAUCUCUGUUGUUGUUUUCUAUUACCCACACUAUCUAUCUAUGGUAAUAUGUUCAUAACUAUCUAUCUAUCGCAAUCUGUUCCUAUCUAUCUAUCUAUCUAUCUAUCUAUCUAUCUAUCUAUCUAUCUAUCUAUCUAUCGCAAUGUGUUCAUAUCUAUCUGUCUAUCUUUCUAUCUAUCUAUGGUAAUAUGUUCAUAA